AUGACCAUCUCCUACACACUGAAAGUCGCCGACUCCCAUUUCGGGAGCUUCUCCAAGCUGCUCUUCUGUUGGAAAGGCAGCAUCUACAUGCUGCUCUACAAGGGUUUCAUUGUCUUCGUGGUACUGUACGCGGCGCUGAGCCUUGUCUACCGGCGGCUGCUCACCGAAGACCAGAAACACCCCUACACCAAAGUGGCUCAGUACUGCAACCGCUCCAUGGACCUCAUCCCCAUGUCAUUUGUCCUAGGUUUCCAUGUUACCCCGAUUGUGAACCGGUGGUGGGCCCAGUACACCAGCAUCCCGCUGCCUGACCAGCUCAUGUGUGUCAUCUCCAGCAACGUCCACGGCAAGAAUGAGAGAGGGCGGAUCCUGCGGCGCACCCUCAUCCGCUACGUCAACCUCUCGGCCGUCCUCAUCCUCCGCUCUGUCAGCACUCGGGUGCUCAAGAGGUUCCCCACCAUGGACCACAUGGUGGAAGCGAGUUUCAUGACGCAGGACGAGCGCAAGAAGCUUGAGAGCCUCCACUCGGACUUCAACAAGUACUGGAUCCCCUGCGUGUGGUUCACCAACCUGGCCGCCCAGGCCAGGCGGGACGGCCGCGGCCGCAAUGACGUGGCUCUCCGCUUGCUCAUGGACAUGAGUCGGCGCAGGGCAGACGGGCGCGAGCUGAACCUCUACUGGGCCAAGUGCAGCAUGUUGUUCCACUAUGACUGGAUUAGCAUCCUGCUGGUGUACACGCAGGUGGUCACCAUCGCCAUCUACUCCUUCUUCGCCUUCUGCCUCAUCCAGCGGCAGUUCCUGGAGCCCCUGGAGCCGGGGCAGGAAGAGGACCUGGACAUGUACAUUCCCCUCUCCACCCUCCUGCAGUUCUUCUACGCUGGCUGGCUGAAGGUUGCAGAGCAGAUCAUUAACACUUUUGGGGAAGACGACGACGACUUUGAGACCAACAAGCUGAUAGACAGGAACCUGCAGGUGUCCCUGCUGUCCGUGGACGACAUGUACCAGAACCUGCCGCCAGCCGGGAAGGACAAAUACUGGAACGAGUCCCCAGUGCAGCCCCCCUACACCACGGCCACAGCUGCCGAGACCUUGAAGCCCUCGUUUCUGGGCUCCACCUUCGAUAUGUGCAUGUGCGAGGACCCGGAGCAGAACCAGCCGGUGGAGGCCUUGCCGAGCUCGCCGCACACCCGCACACCCCUGCUCACCCACUUCCUGGCUGCUGCAUCCCCUGCCGUCAGCCUCAAAAACUUUGGCUGGGGCAGCCGAGCCCACCCCCACCUGCGGCGUCCCCGGGUGGACAGCAGCUCCCCCUCCCCUUACUCCAACCACUCCGAGGACCCUGAGGCAGUGGUCUGCAUUGAGAAGGAGCAGAUGGAGGAUGAGGAAAGCCAGGCCAGCAAGCCCCCCAUGCCUGAUGGCCACCUGAAAGCUCCCCAGCAGCCAGAGGCCUCCAAAGCGCGGAAGGAGGAGCUGCUGCAGAUCCAGGCGAAGGCACCAGCUAGUGAGAGCAUCAGCCCAGACCAGCAGGAUGCUGCAGGGCUGCUAUGA